UGAAGUCUUGUAUCCGCCCCGUGCCGUUUCCAAUAUCAGUCCACUUGAGUCCUCUUUCAAGAAUUCAGACAUUGGCACCGUGGUAAUCGGAGGAGACCAGAAUCAAAAUCGAUCGAAACAGCCGACGAAGAUGGAGGAAGAUCAUGGAAACAGCAACAGUAGUAUAACAGUGGAUACAACAAAAUGGGACAGAUCAGUGUGGUUAAUGAAGUGUCCUUUAGUUGUCUCCAAAUCAUGGCAGUCUCAAGCCGCAGCUUCAUCUUCCUCCUCAGAUUCCCCCCAAGUUGCUAAAGUUAUUGUCUCUGUUGAUCCUCUUCGUUCCGAUGACUCAUCUGCUCUGCAAUUCACUAUGGAGAUGGGUGGAAAUGACGUUGGAAAUAUGCCGAAAAGUUACUCCUUGAACAUGUUCCAAGACUUCGUCCCAAUGUGUGUGCUCUCAGAGACAGGUCAAGGAAGAGUUACCAUGGAAGGAAAGGUUGAACAUAAGUUUGAUAUGACACCUCACACUCGUAACAUGGAGGAGUACCGAAAAAUGUGUCGUGAAAGGACAAAUAAGUCAAUGAUCAAGAACAGACAAAUACAGGUCAUUGACAAUGAUCGUGGAGUCAAUAUGAGGCCAAUGCCGGGGAUGAUUGGCAUGAUUGCAUCCAGUUCUAAGGAUAAGAAGAAAGCAGUUCCUGUUAAGGGACCGGAAGUCAAGAGAACUAGAAGGGACCGUGGCGAACUGGAAGAUAUCAUGUUCAAGCUUUUUGAAAGACAACCUAAUUGGACUUUGAAGCAGUUAGUACAAGAAACAGAUCAACCUGCGCAAUUUUUGAAAGAGAUACUGAAUGAGCUUUGCGUGUACAAUAAAAGAGGAACAAACCAAGGCACAUAUGAAUUGAAGCCAGAGUAUAAGAAAUCGGUGGAGGAAACAGGUGCUGAAUGAAUUAUCCGUCUGUUGAUAGGUACUGUGAUAUGUUAUUGUAAAUCAUGAAUGGAUGUAGAGCUAUGUUAUUGGAAUAUAUAUGGAGCCCACUAAAUUACAGUAGUACACUUAUCUCAGUAAUUUAUUUUCUGAUUUCUACUUGUA